CCGCCGCCUCCCCCUCCCCCCCGGUGUGGGGAGCUGGCCCGCUGCUCUCGCGGGAAGGCGAGGCCUCUUUCCCUGCCGCGGCUCCUUUCCGUCUCGCAGCGACCCUCUGGGAUAAAGUUGUUUUAUUAGCGUGUUAACGGCAGAAAUGCAACAGUGUCGUGUCCCCCCUCUCCCUAGCCCCCUUCCCUUCGUCUGGGAAAACAUUUCAGUAACAGGGCUUGAGGUUAUGUGAAGAUGGAGGCGUUUUCACUUUAAAUGCCUUGAAGAAGGGCCUGUGCCUGGAGGCCUGCUUUUUUAUUAUUUGUUUUCUCAGUUAACUUCUGUUUCGCAAGCAGCUCUCACAUCUCUCUGAGGGACCAUACCGCUCCGCUUCCUGCUUGGUAAAGCGAAGGCUACCUGGGGGUUAAAAUCUGUUCAUUUAUUCUGAAGGGCACCAUGGAUUUGGAGGUUAAAGGAGUUGCUGCGUCCCCUCGAAGGCAGACUCAGCUGGCCUCGAGGGGGAAGAAAUAUAGUCAAGGGUGGAGACCAGAUACACUGGCUACUCAUGGUCCUCGUCCACCGGAGGUGCCAUGCCUAGAUCUAGGGAAGCUGGGAGAUUCUGAUGAAGAGGAUGGGAACUCUUGCAUACCAUACAGCAGAAGUUAUCCUCGUACUUGCCCUCUAGAUUCAUCUUCAAGUUGGAGAACAUUGUUACAAACACCAUACACGCAGCAUCAACAGGCUCAACAACGUUCUCCUUUGGAGCCAAAGACAAUACCAGAAAAUCUGCCCUCCCCAACAGACAAAUAUAAAGUAAAGUAUCAGCAGUAUGAAGCAGAGAUGAAGGAAGGAUAUAAGCAGUACUCUCAGAGAACUGCAGAAGAGAAUAAACACCAGAUCCAGUGUCCAGAAGCUUCAAAAAAGGGUACACACCUUGAAGACAGGCAGAAUGAUGAUCUUACAGGUCUUGAUGAGAAAGCUCUCCUUCAGCAAUGCUAUACAAGCAAGCCCUACAAUAUGCAACACAGCAUAAGGAAAUCAGAAGCCGAGGAUGUAGCUGCAGAGAGGAGAAAACAAACUGUAGUAGAACAGGUGAUGGUGGAUCAAUUAUCUAGAGCUGUUAUAAGUGACCCAGAGCAAUCCACACGUGCUGAUGUUGAUCAGGCAUCUCAUAGACUUCCAGGACUUGGGACAGCACCAUUGCGUUUUAGGAAGAGAACACUACAUGAAACAAAAAUAAAGACCAAAUCAGGAUUAACUGAAAACAUGCUUUCUAAUAAGCUGCGUUUUGAUAGUAGGAUUGUAUCAAGAAAUGGUCGUGAUGCUUGUAGAGAGUUGAUUGGAUUUUUUUUUGCAUAUGACAGAUCCAUUACCGUGUAUGAAUUUCGACAAUUUGGAAAAAACAGAACAAAUGCCUUGCCUUUCAUUCAGAAGGGAGUUUAUCAACAUGAGCAAGGACAAAAGAAGGGAAAAGCUUAUGAUCUUAGUGACUUCUAUAUUGGAGCUAACCUCACUUUCCGAAGUGUUGAUCAUAACCUUCCAGAAAGUGUUAAGCAGAACCCUGUUCUCACCCUUCGUGUGACAAGUAUUGAUGAAGCAGCUAUGGAUUUUCUAAAAGCUACUUCUAUGGAACUCAAGCAAGAAUUUGACAAGCGAGAGACUGAUGACAGUAAAGUUUGCAGGAAGAUCCAAGGUAGGCUCAGAGAUACACUAAGGAAAAGAGGAGUUCGUGUUAUAACAGGCUUAGGCAAGUAUUUCCGACAAAUAGACAAGAGCAGAAAUGGGUUUCUCUCUCAGGCAGACUUUAAGGAAGCUCUAAAAUUAUUCCAUUUGGAAAUCCCUGAAGCGGACUUUGAAUCCUUAUGGCUUGUUCUUGAUCCCAGCAAGACUGAUAAAGUUGACUAUGGGGAAUUUAUUCAUGCCAUAGUUGGAGAAAUGAAUGAGUAUCGGAAAGCAUUUGUAAGAAAAGCCUAUAUGAAACUAGAUUUCAACAAAACUGGGAGUGUGCCUAUGGUAGAUAUCAGAAAAUGUUACUGUGCAAAGAAACACCCUCUAGUAUUAGCAGGCAAAGCUACAGAAGAAGAAAUUAAAUCAUCAUUUCUGGAAACAUUAGGAGAUUCCUGCAGCAAUCCCAAUGAAGUAUCCUACCCUGAGUUUGAAGAUUACUAUGAAGGAUUAAGUGUUGGAAUCAUGGAUGAUGAUGAUUUUGUUAAUAUCUUAAGGAACCCUUGGGGAAUUUAAAGUGGAAGAAGUCAAAAAAAAGGAAAAGAGAGACCUUAUAAACAAGGAGCAAACUAAAUAAGUGAGGAUUUAGUCUUGACAUGCAUUAUUUCACAAUUAGUGUCUUACAUUGAUUUCAAGGGCUGAAAAAUUUACAUUUGCUUUCAGAAUAAUAAAUAAUGAGUUGAUUAGUGUCCUUUGAGCUAUCCUAAAUACUUUCUAAGUGUAAAUACUGUUCACUCCUUUUUAUUAGAAAUAGUAAAGGCUGCUCCGCAUACCAGAAGGCAUUAUUUACUCGAUAUUAUAAGAAAGUGGCUUAUUUUAAAAUAACAGGAAAUUAGAAUACUAAAAUGCAUGAAAGAGUACGUGCAAGAGAAAAUUUAGUUUUAUGAUGCAUUGUGGAAAACCUUAAAUUUGACUGUAUAAAUAUCCAUGGGAGCUUUUUUUCAGCAUUUUCUGCUUAUAAAAAUAAUAUAUUUCUUCUGAUAACAUUCUUUCAGUUUUUUGUUUCUUAUGCUGGUGCUUAGCCUGAAAGAGAGCAGGUCAUCCUUCUCCAAUUUUGAGGAUGUCUGCAGUACUGAAAAUGUGGAGAAAUUCACACCAGUUAGCUUUUAAACUACUAUGCAGACCACCUCUGGUGAUCAUAUUUAUUCAUCUUGGUCAGGCAUCCAAAGCCGAGUGCUGAAUCCCAAAUGUUUUAAUAAGAAUCUUGUAACUACAGUCUGGAUAUACUGUGCAGCCUUUCAUUGCACAAAUAGAUUUUGUGAUCACUUCUUCCUUUACUAUAUUUUGCUAAGGUUUUUUUGAAAAAAAAUUUUAAAUAUCUAGCUUUUGUACUUUUUACUGCUAUUUUUUUUAACUAAAACUAAGCAAUGUAUCCUUUAUCCAAACUGAUGUAUAGCAUUUCAUAUCUACUCUGAAAGUAUAAAACAGAGAAGUAUAUAUAUAUAAAAAAAACCCUCCGUCACAACAAAAAUUAAACCAUGAAGUAAAAUAUUCCUUGCUACUUCAAAUAUUCAGCCAGAUAUGCCUUUCAGUGUAAUAAAUCUUGUUAAUUUUGUAAGGUUCGUUGUGUUAAGGAAUGAAAAAAAUGCAUUAUUAAUUUUCUAUAUAUUUUUGAUAGCCUUUGGUUUCUGUAUGCCUGCCACCAAAAUUAACUGUAUAUUGAAUUGCAUUUCUUGAGCCUAUGCAAUUAAAAUGUAAUAGUUUUCUCCAUGCUUGUCUGACUACAUUUUGAAUAUAUAGCCUGUGGCUAACAGAACCUUCCUGUGAGACAGAAUUUCUGUUUCAUGGGUAUUUGAGGUCAGUGCUGAAAUGGGACUUUGGUCCCUCUGUGAGUGGCUGGCUUAUUUUAGCUAAUAGUAUUUUCUUACCAUGUUUUAAUAACUUGUGCAUUGUUGUCUUUUGAUUAUCAGUUUGUUUGUACUUGUCCACACUCGUAACUAGCAUUGCAGUUUCCUCUCUAAAUCCUCAAAUGAGAGACUUUUUCAGUUCUUUUGGGGUUGCACAAGUCUAUAAUGUUUGUUGUCAGAGGAAGACAAAUCCUGCCAAUGCUUACUGCAAGGUGAGAAUUCUGAUGUGGCUCAUUAACACUUCGUUACUUGUGCUUCCUGCUGGAAUUUCUCUUGGUGGAAAGAUUUUGUUAAUUAGGGUUCAUGAAAUCAGUGAUUCUGAGAUGUCUAUCUUCAGCUAGUUUUAUGGGGAUCUGCUUCUUACUGUGUUCAAAUAACUGAAAAAUAUCAAGUGACAUUUUUAUGAGUCUUUCAAAGAAUCAUCUGCUCCGUUAGGUUUGUUCACUUGUGAGAGUUGUACCAGUGUAUAAAGUUGUAACGCAAUUUAAUGAAUGUGGCAGUGACUUGGGAAUGACAUAUUGGUAUUUAGUCUUACAAUAGUGAGUUCAAAAAUAUUUUGCUGGAAAAACUGAAAUUUUAAAAAGUCAAACUGGAAAUGAAUGUGAGGUUUUACUUGUUUGCUCAGGUAGUGAUUCGCUCCUACCUGUAUGUUUUUGCUACAUAAUUAAGAUAUGCCAGUGCAGCUUUUGCAUUUCAGUGUAGCUUUCAAAUUUGAAAUGCAUUUAAAUUUCUCUUCAAUGUUAAGGAGGACUCCUUUGCAAGAAGGUUUCCCUGGUGAUGCUCUUAGGAAGAUUAUACCACAUUAUCCUAUGGAAUGGAAAAAAUGAUAACUGGGUGUGUCUUUAGUAGGUCUACUUACCAACAGAGGCAACAUCUGUUGCAAAUUUAUAUGCUUUCAAUUUUGUUCUUAUCACUAAAAUGAGGAACUUUUAAGUUGCUUCCAUAGCUUUGAUAGUCAUGCUUUUUUUCUUUUUUUCUUCAUCUGAAAAUGGAUCCCUAACUGGGUAAUCUAGGAUAAAUUCUAAAGGUCAGACAUAAAUAAAAAGUGCCUAAAAAUGCAGGUAGGUACUCCUGCUCUCAUACUUCUGUGAAACCUAAUGGGCAUAUAACUUCUGUUAACUAUAAGGUCAGCUACACACCAGUGGUUGCCUCAAACCAUCAGCUAUGAUGUCUAUGGUAAAUUUUUAAUGGAGUUUGCACAAGUGCCUAAAAGUCAUUUUCCAUCUGCUUCUUGUCCCUUGUCUAAACUUAGGAGAGGACAAAGGAUGGUAAACCAAAGGCUACCCAAGGCUAGCACACCAUGCUUACCUAGUUAGUAGAAAAACAGAGAAACUAUUCAAACCAGUCUUUCUGAUGUCUGUUUUUUUUCAUUAACUAUAUUAAAAACUAUCAUUUGGCAGUGCUGUAGACUGUAGUCUGGAUUAUCCCUCUUUGAAACUCAAAUACUGCAGCAGGUACUCUGAAUAUAGUGCCUAUGCGAUUCUGUAAAUCCCACUAUUUUGUCUUUUUUCACUGAGUAUCUGAGGCAUUUAUAACUGUUGUUUUGAAGAUAUUUGAAAUUUAUUGCUAUGGCUGAAUCAUUCUGAGAUGAGAAUAACCAGAUGUCUUACUCUAUUCUUUCUGUUUACAGUUUUGUACAUGAGAGCUCUGUUCACUUUUGCCAUCCAGCUAUAAGAACUGCAGUUGUCAGGACUUUCUGUUUUCAGCAUCAGUGGUCUCAGUGUUAUAUUUGUGUUGUGAUUUGCUCUUAUUAAAUUGUAAGUCAUUUGAUGAACCUGAA